GGGUACUUUAUACACCACUGGUUGUCACCUAUCCCUAUGUGGAUCUCACCAUGUUGGAACAACCAUGCAUCCCCCGUCCGUCCCCUCAACCAAAUGGGAGGAGUGUAAUAUCUCUGCUCUGCAAUGUUCCGGUUUCCGCUAAGGAGACACCCCAGUUCGCUAAGGGAGCAGCUAGUGUGCUGUGGUAAGGGGGGAGGUUUGGGGAGGCUAAAGGCUGGAUUAAGCAUAGUUAGCAGCCGAGAUGGUGAAUAUAACUAGUAUAGCGACGUUGCUCAAGUGACUGCGUGUGGUCAGGGCGAUAUUAAAACGAUUUUCUCAAGAAAGAUAACAACCUUUUUCAGCAUGGACUCCAUGCACAUAACACACGUCUGAAGUGCACUUGAAUUGUGUGUAUACUCCAAACAAAACUGACCAUGAUGUACCGCUUGUUUUCCGCCUUGGGUGUUCUAUUCGGAAUGGCCUCAGCGGGUAAGGAACCAGUGGCUGUCCCUAGUCUCCUGAUUUUGUCACAAAAGACACCACAAAUUGGAUAACCAAUCAAGAACUAUUUAUAACUAUAAUGGAACAAAAAGAUGGAGAAAACGGGAUAGUUGACGGCUCUUAUGGCUUAGGGCCGGAGCCAAAGAGGAUAUGUCCUGGGAUGCCAUUCACUUUUACACUGACAUAUAGGAUAAGCGGAGCAGACCUGAUGUUCUACAAGAACGGGGUCGAGAGGAAGGUUGCCACUACCAAGGAGAUUAUAGACCCCCAGUUUCGGCUCAAUGGCAGUGAACCUUAUUUACCCGAGGUCAUGAAAACGCAUGAAGGGAAGUAUUAUUGGAAGGCUCCAUCGGUCGAUUUUGAACUGAAUUACAUCAGACUAAUUCUGAAAGACUGCAGUGUUCGUCAAAAUGUGGUGUACGGUGAGGAGUUGGCCUUAAAUGUGCCGGCGGACGCGUCUGUGUUGGAGUUCACCCCUCACCUCUCAGACCAACACUCCGUCCUGUGGAGACGGAUACACAGAGGGGGGGACGAGGAAGCAAGGGGCGCGGUUAAGGACGGCCGCUGGACAGCACAGAGGAUGACCCAAGCGGAUCAGGGGCGCUACACUUUACUCAGGGAGAGUGGUGGCCAGAUCUCCAGCACUGUGGUCUCUGUUGAAGAACUCCAAAUACAUGCUCACGUGGCUGAUGACGACGUCAGAGAUCACUGGAGAACUGAUGUUAAUAUCUCUGCACGGGAGGCUGUAGUCACUUACUUUACGGCUUUCGGGGGUGAGCAUGUGCUCUUCCGAGACGGCAUGGAGACUGAUGAGGGCUUCGACAUUUUUGGAAAUCGUAUCACACUCCAAAAGUCAACGCUCCAAAAGUCAACUUUCAGCAUCAGCAAAGCGCAGCCAAGUGACGCAGGACGAUACGAGAUCCAUGACAAGAAUGGACAUCUGGCCAUCUCACUGUAUCUGGAGAGAGACCCUGAAGAUGAAGAGUUUUAUCCUACGAGUUUAGCCACUCCUCUUGGCAUAUCUGCGGGCGUGCUGGUUGGACUGCUGUGCUGUUGCUGGUGCUGUUGCAAGUGCUGUGGCAAGUGCUGUGGCCAUGACGAUGGUGACAAGACUGAGUCCGCCGCUGCUUCUCCAGACGCCGAGCAACCCGCUCACAUCCAUGAUCCCAGUGAGAUGUCUGGACCCGGCGACCCCUUGCACCCUCCAUCUUCUGCUCCCUCUUCAGGUGACACCAAUGAACUAACGGCCUCCAUGGCGUACCCCCCCAACCCCUGGGAGAACAGUCCACCUGCUCCUGAUGGAGGAGGAGGAGGUGAUCGUGGUGCUCCCACCGCCCCUUGGGCACCCACCGACCCUGGGCCGCGGUACCAGUCGAGAGCCUGGGGUAGUGGCCAGGAUGACUUUCUCUCCAGCUCUCCUCUCUGCAUGGACAGCGCCACCGACAGCUGCACCUUCACCUCAAACAAUCUCAACUUCUAGACCGAUGCGUUCCGUUGACAACUCUGGAUCGAUGGAGCAUUUUCACACGCAGUGCACUGUGACUUGUGUUGCGUCCUACUGACUGGUACGCUGUGAUUUGGACGCGUAGUUUCACGCUCAAAGGCAACGCGCACUACCUCAUUUGCACUGGGCCUGUUCUGCUGCAGUGCUGGAGUGGAUCUGUCAAUACCACAGACUCUCACGCCAUCCAAAGGGCCACCUUCUUUCUUUGACCUGUUACUCUGUGUCUAAUGUCUGUGAGUCUGUUCGUGUCUGCUAGUGUCUUAUGUCCCUAUCUCAUGUAAGUAGGCCAUUUCAUGUAUCCUUUUCUUAGCUUGCUAGAAUUGGUAGCAAUGCAAGUCUGUGUUAUUUUACAUAUUUAUCACACAGGAUUGUAAUGUUCUUACUGCCUGAUCAGGUCUAAUGUCAUUCACAAGCCUUGGUGUUUUUUUGUGUCUUUUUAUGUAUGCGAUUUUAUCUCACUUUGUUGUCAAUUUUUUUACUUUUAAAAUGGUGGAUAAUGAAAAGACAUUUUCAGUCCCAAACGUGCUCUAAAUACCCAUGUAAGGCCUUCAGUAUCCAAAGGUGGCCUUAUCCUAUCUCAGUGCAAUUAAUCAUGUUCUUGUUUAUUUCUGUUUAUACUGUAACACCCUGAAACCAUUAUGCCAUUACUAUGUUUACAAAUAACCACUAACCAUUACUAUGUUUACAAAUUACUAUUUAACACUUAAACACAAAGUAACAGUCUGGGGCGGUCAACACAUUUAGUACUUUUUGAAAGAUAGUAUACUGUCUAGGUUUGGAUAAAAAAGAUGACAGGACAUACCUACCCCCUCUCCUUAUUCUUUACACUAGGGCAGGGGUUCUCAAACUAUAUGGGGCCAGGGACCCCUCAUAGGGCAGAACAUUUUCCAAGGACCCCUACACAGGGGCGUAACUAUAGGGGGUGCAGCAGGUGCGGCUGCACCUGGGCCCGUGGGUCUUGGGGGCCCGUAGCCGGGGUUU